UCUUUUAGUUGCGGAGGAAGAGACGGGUCAUGUAGAUGGACCUAGUUUUACUCCCUUGCGUUUAGAAGACUAGGUUGUUCUCAGGUUAGAUGACACCAACUUCAGCUAUUUGGUGUUUUCAGCUUGUUACAAUUUCUCAGCUAUUUGGUGCUGUGAACUUGUGCUACAAUCAUGUAAGAAAAGUACCUUUUUAACUUUGUGAUACAAUCAGGUUAGAAGAUUAUUACCUUCAACUAUUAUGAUUAGAAGGCUCUUCACUAGUUAUUUGGUGUUUUUGACUUGCAAUACAGUGCCAACUCUUUUUAUCAGUUAGUUUCUUUAUUUGUUCGUUUUGAUGUUUUAGUUGCGUUUGUCAAAAUGUCCAAGUAAGCUCAGUUGAAUGUUAAAAGGUCAUUUUGCGUUGAUGUGAAGCGACUAGUGAUCACUAGCCCUUUAAUAUUAGAAGACCAAAGAAGCCAAUACUUAACAAAACAGUAAUUCACGAAAUAUAACAUAACAUCCGUUGUGAUGCAGCUGAAGCAAACACAUACACUGGUUAUGAUGCCAGUUUCAGAAUAUAUAGAAGAAAACAUUUCACAUAAGAUAUAUCAACACAUGUCAAUCUCUGGUGGACUACCUAAAAAAAACAUUCUCUGAAUUUUAGGCUUUACCAACUUUUCAUUUCAUUUUUAGAAGGUUGUCUUUGUGUACCUUAAGAUUGAACUCACACAUAGAAAUUUUUUUUGUGGGCUGAAAGGCAAAUACUAAAUAGUCAUUAAUGAAAAUGAAACUUGAUACAAGGUUGCUUGAUUCCCAAAAAGGUGUAAAAUAAAACAAACUACUAGGACUAAAAUUUGUUUCACAUAUAGAAUGUUUUGGACCAACAAAAGUGGAGCUUACAAUUAGGAACAUUGUGGUGGGCUUAAAAAUAACGGUAGAUUUAAUCCAUAUAGCAGCCAACAUUUUUAGGAUUAGUGGAUCAGACCAUAGUUGACCACAGCCCAUAACAUAAUCACAAUUUGUAAUCAGUCACAUGCUGAAUCAGUCUUAACUUUUAUUUCCACCCCCUUUAAGCAUAUAAAAUCUGUUUUUUUUUUUUUUGAAAAAGGGCUUGCAUAUAAAAUCUGUUGAAAAGAAAUGACUAACGAUGUAUAAGUGUGACACUCACAAGGUUAAGUUAAUGUUUUCAAGUAAUGCCACUCAUAGAGAAAAAUGAUUUUUGUUGGUGUGUUUGGUGGUUUCUUGUUUUAGGACCACCACUACUGUUCUGUUCAUGACAUUUUAGCAUCUGUAUGAAAUGAUAUAUCUGUAAGAAAAACAUAUUUAUGCAUACAUCGAAGAUAUAAAAGGCUCGAGGGAGGGAUAGUCAAUAGUGGAACUGUGAAAAAGAAUCGUGCACAAGAGGUCACGUGAUCUUUGUCUGAGAGAUCAUGUGCCUCAUCUCUUACACACUGACUUCUGCUCCUUUCUUUUCUUCCAAACUACUCCCAACGUCCCAAGGAUAUGGAUGGACACCACGUCAUCUUAUCCAUAUCACAAAAGCGGAUCCACUUUCUCUCUCUUCCGAUGGAAAGAUCUUAGCCGUUCACUUCGAUUACUAUUUUUGACCUCGUCUGUAUCUCUGUCGUUGAUCCUCCUCAAAGUGUUAGUCCAUUUUGCAGUCGAACAUUUUCUCAAUUUCGCUUGUUUUCUUCUCCAUCCUAAGUCCUGAUUGACACGUGUCACCGGCCAGUAUUUGAUUGGAUACAGAUUGUCCUUGUUUCCUUAAAAAAUGCUGAUCAAAAUCAUUUAAAGUAGUUAAAAAGUGUGACAAGUUGCAUCAGGAAAUUCUAUAUAAAAAAUAGAAUCUGAUAUACAGCUCCUGAAUCCAAACCUAGUGGGGUGUAAGGUUUGAAAACAUUUAAAUUUUAAUUAAUUAAUUAUUUUGAAUAUUAAGUAAAUGGUUAUUAUUUAAUUCAAAAUAUUUGAAAUUUUUAAGAAAAUGUAAUUUGAAUUCUUAUACUUUUUAACUUUAGAAAUAGAACGUUUCACCAAAACAAUUUCAAACCAAUUUUUUUGUUUUUUUCAAAACACUACAUUUAAAAUAGAAAAAAUAAUUAUUUUAAAAUCACAAAUUCAAAACACUAAAUUUUCUAGCAUUUUUUUUAUAACUUUGUACUUGAAUAAUAUAAUAUUUUAUUAUAAACUCUUCCAAAUCCUUGAUUAAGUACACAUCUCUAGUAAUUUCCAAAAAAAAAUUUGUCAUGUCUACAAACAGAUAAAGUUUGUGAAAAUAAUACAUGACAUCUUGUUAGAAAAAAGAAAUGGGUUAAACAAACCGGAAAGUACACACCGGUUUAUACAAGGAAAUACCUAUACCGGAAUCUCAAUUUCGUUAUUUUUUUUUUUUUUCGUUAUUUUUUUUUAACAGAAUAAAAAAAGGCGGAACCCUAGACUCUCGCCCCCUGGAUAACAGUAUAAACUGUAAAAGGUCGCAUUUUCGAGCUUUCUCCAGAAUACUCUCUCUCGUUUUGUCUCAUCCGUCUCGUAUUGGUGCUCUGCCCAUUUUCAUCUCUCUCUUUAGAUAUCUUCGGCAAAAUAAUACAGUUUUAGAUUAGUCUUCUAGGAUGAUCUAUCGAUUCUGUUUCCGAAACUUUCAGAGAUGUCGUUAGAUCCUCUUGGUCUUCUCGUUGAUCGUUUCUCAUCCAAGACAUGGUUCCACAGGCGUAAAAAAAUGCCGUCGUCUCUUCGUUUGAUCCUUAACUUGUGAAAAAAUCUUUCCUUUCUCGGUGAAUCUAAUUAAAUCUUUUCUUUCUCUUUUUAGAAAGUUCUGGUCUUUCUGUUCCUGUAAAUAGAAAUUGCCAAGUUUGUUUUUUUUCAAGAUUGUACAGACAGAUAGAUUGUGGCUCAAACACUAAAAAGACAAAAGCUUUUGUUCUUGUUCUUGUUUUUUUUUUUUUUUUUUGGUCUUUUCUGAGUUGGAUUUAAAAAGGUGGCGAAGAUGAAUUUUGGCACAUCCGAGGAAGAAUCUACCCAAGAGAUUCACAUCCCGGCUGAUAUCAACUGGGAGAUGCUCGAUAAAUCAAAGUUCUUCGUUCUAGGCGCAGCUUUGUUCUCAGGGGUCUCCGGAGCUCUCUACCCUGCCGUCUUGAUGAAAACUCGUCAACAAGUGUGCCGUUCUCAAGGCUCAUGUAUCAAAGGCGCGUUUACUCUCGUCAGACACGAAGGCUUAAAGGGAUUGUACAGAGGAUUCGGCACUUCUUUGAUGGGAACCAUCCCUGCUCGUGCUCUCUACAUGACAGCUUUAGAGGUUACCAAGAGCAACGUCGGCUCUGCUGCUCUUAGCUUAGGUUUUACCGAGGCUAAAGCCUCUGCUGCUGCUAAUGCCGUUGGUGGGUUAACGGCUGCGAUGGCUGCUCAGCUUGUUUGGACUCCUGUUGAUGUGGUUAGCCAGAGACUUAUGGUUCAAGGAAGCAGUGGUCUUAGGUGUUGUAAUUAUGUUAAUGGGUUUGAUGCGUUUAGGAAGAUUGUUAGAGCUGAUGGGGUCAAGGGGUUAUACAGAGGGUUUGGGAUAUCGAUUCUGACUUAUGCACCGUCUAAUGCGGUUUGGUGGGCGUCUUACUCUGUUGCGCAGAGUAUGGUUUGGGGUGGGAUUGGGUGUUAUGUCUGUAAGAAAGGGGAAGAUAAUGGGAACACGGUUAAACCAGACUCCAAGACGGUAAUGGCUGUUCAGGGAGUUAGUGCUGCGGUUGCUGGGAGUGUUUCUGCUUUAAUUACAAUGCCAUUGGAUACAAUCAAGACGAGACUGCAGGUUCUUGAUGGGGAAGAUAGUAAUGGGAAGCGUGGACCGAGUAUUGGACAGACGGUGAGGAACUUGGUUAGGGAAGGUGGAUGGACAGCUUGUUAUAGAGGAUUGGGACCAAGAUGUGCUUCAAUGUCAAUGUCUGCAACAACUAUGAUUACUACCUACGAGUUCUUGAAACGGCUUUCUGCUAAGAACCAUGACGGGUUUUGACUCUAAAUCAUAGUGAUAAGAAUCUUUGAUGUUGUUCUUGCUUUCUCUUUUGUUUCCAGUCAUGUGUAAUGAACGUGUUAAAAUUCAGUUGUUUCUAAAUAAAGAAAGGUUCAUUUCAUCAA